GCUCCUGGCAGCCCUGAGUGACGGCAGUGUGGGGAACCGACUGCCCACACAGAGAUGCUAGUGUCAGCUCAAUUAGCUGACCAGCCUUGUUCCUGGUCCCAGGGAACCAGCCUUGUUCCUGUUCAAACAGGACUUGGCCUUCAGGCAACCACAGGGCGGGGAGUCUGAAUGGCGAGGGAGAAGCCUGCUCCUUCUUAAGCACCAGCAAGUCAAGCCAGGGCUAGAACACCAGCCGACUGGCCCCCUGGUAUCAGCACCAGUCCUCCAGAGUUGGGAGAGGAGCCCAGCUGAGACCAGAGUUGGGGACCCGCACGCAUCCACACCUGCACCACCACCCCACACCUCCACCACCACCCCACACCUCCCAUGGCUGAUGAGCUGACAGAGGAGCAGGUGGCCGUCUUCAGGGAGGCCUUCACCCUGUUCGACAAGGAUGGGGAUGGCAUCAUCACCACCCAGGAGCUGGGCACUGUCAUGCGGUCCCUAGGCCAGAACCCCACAGAGGCCGAGCUACAGGGCAUGGUGAGCAAGGUCGACCAUGACGGCAACAGGACCGUGGACUUCCCUGAGUUCCUGGACAUGAUGGCCAAGAAGAUGAAGGACAGGGACAGCAAGGAAGAGAUCCGGGAGGCCUUCUGCAUGUUCGACAAGGAUGGCAAUGGCUUCAUCAGCACGGCUGAGCUACGGCACGUGACGACCAGGCUGGGAGAGAAGCUGACCAAAGAGGAGGUGGACAAGAUGAUCUGGGCAGCCGAUGUGGAUGGGGACGGGCAGGUGAACUACGAGGAGUUCGUCCGCAUGCUGGUCCCGAGGGGUGGGGGCCCAGGUGCUCCAGCCACCCCCGCAUGCUGCCCCAGCUUCAUGCUUUGCUGAGGGAUCUCUCUCUAGCCAUUGUAAGAACCUCAGGCUUUGCAUUGCUUCCUCCAUUCCUCCAGCUUCCUCUGGACACUUCCUCCUCGGGCAGGGUUGAUUCAAUCCACCUUUCCGCAUCUCACUUUUGUCUCCUCUUUCCUGACAAUCUCCUCCCAUCCUCUUCUCAUCCAGAAAGACACAGGCCGCUCACUCCCAAACCUGAAGUGCUUCUGUCAUUCAGGAGUAGAAGUGACAGCACUGUGCACAGACAGUGAGCAGAAGGAUCAGUAAAAGUUGUACUGACUCCACCGGCCACAGGGAGGGCUCAGUGUAGCCUCAGGGAGCCCUCUGGACAGGACCCCUAAGAGGCACUCAGCCCACGGACCAGGGCCGCUGCAACCCACAAUACCCACUCUGGGAGCCUCUGUGGCCUGAAAUCAUCUGCUGUUGGAUUCAGGCAGGUGGGAGGACUCUGGGCCCUGGCGUGCGGUUUGGUGACAGAGAUUUUGACAACUGAGAUCAGGCCUCCUGAGAAACAUCACUUCUCUCCUCACGGUGCCCGCUUGUUCCCUUCUGUCUUCACCAAACUGCUCUGACUCGUCUUUUGAAGCUGGGAGUAAAGCCGGGGUCCGUUGUAGCACGUCUGUAUUCAUCUUCAUGGGGGGAAAGUCAAAUGAAAGAGAGAGGGAAGUUGCAGGGGCAUAAAUAAACUGCUUGUGUUCCUAUCACA